UCCGCGGAAGAUACUUUUAGAGGACAUCUUGCACAGAUCACGAAAACUGCUACGGAAUAGCGGGAAUAUUCCUCACGUUGAUCUUUCUCUCUGAGACAUGACGGAUACUGAAUGUCAUGGGCAUAUUUCCGAUCUGGUCUGCGUAGGGUUCGGCCCCGCCGCCCUGGCUCUUGCAAUAGCUUUCCUUGAAAAGAAACGCGCAUAUAUCGUAUGUGAAGUGCACUCUUACACAUCAUACACACUCCAAAGUCCAAGCAUUAGGCACGAGGAAAACCGCUACCCCUAGACACCAUAACAUUCAUAGAAAAAAGCUCGUCAUUUCAGUGGCAUCCGGGCAUGCUCCUGCCAGGCGCAAGCAUGCAAAUCAGCUUCCUAAAAGAUCUAGCCAUGCUACGAUCGCCAACCUCUUCAUACACUUUCCUCUCCUACCUUCACGAACACAAUCGCCUCGUCACAUUCAUUAACCGAGGCUCUUUCAUCCCCAGUCGACGUGAAUAUUCCGACUAUCUGAUAUGGGCUGCGGAAAAAGUUGCCCGCGAGCCCGGUGUAUCGGUUCAUUACGGCGAGAGGGUCCUGAGCAUUCAAAGCGAUGGCCUAGUCGUCUCAGUAACCUCGCUUUCCGAAAGUGGACACCCCGUAAAACGCGUCCGGAGAGGAAAGCAUCUUGUUAUCGCGCCCGGAGGAACACCGAGAGUACCUCCCUCGCUAUCUGCGCUUGCUGUCAGAGCUCCCAGUCGAAUUAUCCACACCUCAGUAUAUGCGCACCGCAUCGACGGCAUUAUGCAUGAUAUCCUCAGUGGCAUCAUCUUCAAACGCCCCUCAACUACGACUGGGAGUGGGAGUACCAAUUUCCGACCAGUCCGUAUCGCUGUCGUUGGAAGCGGUCAGAGCGCAGCCGAAGUCCUCCUCGACAUCCAAGCCCGUUUGAGCGCCUUCCCUCCACCUGUCCCUAGCUCCGAGCACUCAGUUCCAUCCAGUCAUUCCGUCGAUCUCAUCAUUCACCGAGGAAGUCUCAAACCAUCGGACGAUUCUCCAUUCGCAAACGAAAUCUUCGACCCCGCUUCGACGGAUUUUUUCUUUAGUCUUAACAGCAAAGAAGCUAGAUCAGAGGUAAAGCGAGAGUAUGAAAAUACGAAUUAUGGUGUCGUCAAUCCCAACACCCUGGCCAAGAUUUAUGAGCGUAUAUACGACCAAAAAGUCGAAGACGGAGCACAUGCCCGAGGCGCACCUUCCGAUGCACUGAAAACCCCUCGGAUUAACAUUCUCAGAUAUCGAACCAUAGCCGCAGCCACUCAAUAUUGCACGUCGGACUCCUCAUCCGACGUGGCCCCGAUCGCAAACCGAGCUUCUUCGCAUUCGCACGGAUCACUCACGCUUACGCUCCAGCACGUAUUGGGUUCGGAUCCACUCUUCGAAACACGCUCCUACGACGCCAUUAUCAUCGGAACGGGAUACGAAAGGCAUUCAUGGAUCAAUUUGCUCGACUAUAAAGACUUUGGACAUGUAUUCGGGUUGACAAACCCGGUGUCUAAUGGUGGUUCGGAGAUCGUUCAGAAGGAUGAACCUUCCCCCGACAGUCAACUAGGAACACAUGCGCCUCUGCUUGUUACACCACCGUGGACUGCUACGGAGUCAACUGCAGUCUCCGUUUCGAGACCAUCAUCUGCUCAGGGGUCGGUUGUAUCUGUAACGCAUGGCACGUUGUUGUAUCCAGGUGAAACCAUCGAGACGAGGUCCGAACCAAUCCAGCCACCGAUGGAGCAAGGGGAGAUCCAUCAAUCAAAGGACCAACUUUUCACUGAUUCCAUCGAUGAAAUGAGUGCUGCCACGGAGCCUGCCGAAGACGUGACAGCAAUUGAGUCACCAUUAGACAAGAUCCGAAUUAGCCGGGCGUAUCGCUUGCUACCUGUCGAGGAGGAUUUGGUUGGGGAUACACGAAGGAACUUCCUUCCAAGGAUUUACAUCCAAGGUAUCGCGGAGGAAACGCAUGGUAUGAGCGAAACGCUUCUCAGUAUCCUCAGCGUGAGAAGUGAAGAGGUCGUGAAUGAUCUCUUUGAGGGCGUCGUGCGAGACUGCAUCUUUACGAAACCGAACGAUGAACCGGCGACAUCAUAGAGCAGCGCAUCAGAGGGGUGGGACAUUGCCACGUUCUGAUUUUACAGCGCGAGAUACGGGGAAAAUGAUGUUAGGUAUUAAUAUGUACAUGAAUAUUGCAGUGGGUCUGUGUCAGUUUGUGGUUUGGGGCAAUGUGCUCGGAGACAUCGAUGGAGAGAACGGGACUUGUGUCAUAGCUUCGAAGUAGUGUCAACGGCACUUAACAGAGAGAUGUCUAAAAUAUUCUGUAGAUCCAGGACAGCCUGCUUGGUCUCCCCGAUGGGAACAAGUAUUGUUUUCAUUCCAAGUGUACGGGCAGCCUUGAGGUUU